GUGUGUUCUUGUAUGGAGGACAAUCCAACACUAAACGAGCUACUAGCUCACGUAUAGACGUUGGUACAGAGUGGCUGAGACUAAGGGUACUACUGGAACUGGAUGUGAAAGAUCUAAUAGCCAUAGAACAUGAGAGACCCACCAAAGACUACACACAUCUAUGCCCUCUGGUUAAAGACCAAUCCUAACGCUACAAGAGGACAACUGAUCAAAGCAUUAGGAGUCAUCAGAGCUAAUGCUUUAGCUGAUAAAUAUAAGGAAUGGAUUAGUAGUACUGGUAGAGCUACUGCUACUAGUAAAGACACUAAUACAAGAAGACAUACUCCUUCAGUCAGUAAACAGUCUACAGCUCAACAGUCACUUGAUAUCACUGAUCUUCAAAAAGUGUUGAAUUUGCUGCAGAUGCUCAUUUUAACGGAGACUGGGAGGGACUGGGUCUAGAACUAGGACUCUACUAGCACCCAACACUCAGGGCCACUGAGAGGGGGGGGCAAAAGGGGCAAAUGCCCUGGGCCCCACAAUUUUAAGGGCCCCAAGAAAUUUUUAAGAACUUAAUUAAACAAAAUUAUUACAGAAGAUGGGCCCUUCUGCCCUUUUGCCAAGCAAAAAAGUCAUGAUAUCAUCAAAAUCAAUCUUCCUAGCUAGUUAAAAUUC